GCGUCAAAAUGGCUGACACUCUGGUUUUGAGAGCACUGAAAGGACAGCCUCAAACAUUGAAUCUUUCCAGUAAAAAUCUAAGUAAUGUACCCAAGGCGGUCGGAAAGCUGUAUAGACUUCAUAAUUUGCAACUUAAAAAUAAUAAAAUUGUCAAAUUGCCAAAAGAAUUCACUUCUUUAACGACGCUUGUUACACUCAACCUUGGAAAUAACUGCAUAGAAGAGAUACCAGAUGAACUCAGCUCUUUACACUCCUUAGAAGUUCUUCAUAUAUUCAACAACAAAAUACAGAAUGUUGAGUCCAAGAUUUUAGGAUGCUUGAGGCAUCUUAAAAUCUUAAACUUAAACAACAACCAAAUCAAAUCUCUUCCUAUUUCUAUGAACAAGUUAAUCAACCUUGAAUUCCUGAGUGUAGAUGGGAACCAACUGACAACACUCCCUGGAGAAAUCUGUGCUCUAAGUCAUAUGGUUGAGAUCCAUGCUGCUAAUAACCAACUGACCUCACUCCCCAUGGAGUUAGGAUUCCUGGUUAAACUGAAGAAGUUCCAUGUCCAGCAGAAUCGUAUCAAGGAGCUACCUGAAGGAAUGGGAAAGCUUCGCAAUCUUGAGGUCAUUGAUGUCGCAGCCAAUGAACUACGUAUCUUCCCAACGGAGUUACACAAAUUGCCCCUAAAGGAACUUUACUGUGAAGAGAAUCCCCUUCUGGACAAGAUCCCUGUUCAAUCUGUCCAAGAAGAUGAGGUUUUAACACUAAAGGAACUAACGGCGAGGUAUGUCAUGAAGCAGUUGAAAGACAGGCGUAGAUUGGUGAAAGUCGGUGGCCAGUUAUUUUAUGAAGAAAACCCAGCGUGGUCUUAUCUCCGUCGAGCUAUCAGACACUAUCCCAAUGUGCGUGACAUGCUUGCCCAAGCUAGUAAGUGUGCCCUCUGUGGUGAAUCCUUCCUCAACACCUGGCUGGAGUGUGUGUGCUUCGUAGAUGGCCAUAAGGAUUUGAAGUUGGGCAACUCUCCAGGCAAGAUCCCUAUCCGAGCUCUGCUCUGCUCUUACAAGUGCUUUAACCAACCAGGGCAUGGGUUUUAUGGUGUAGCAUUCCCUUGAAGCAAAAAAGAACUUUGGACACUUUGAAAAUGUUUAUCAUCAAUGGUAUGAUAAGAGAAAUAGCAGGAGAGACCUUGUCAAAUUGAAUUACCGGUAUGCACUUGCAGGAUGCAUCAGAUUGACACCUUUCUUCUGCCUUUUCCUGCUAGUGCUUCAAUGGAAAAUCCAAAAAACAUUGGUCUGCAUCAAGUGUGUUGACUUGGUUGAUUGGACACUGUAAGAAGGAAAUAAACCAUGGCUCGUGUGUAACAAAGCUGUAGACCUCUUCUCAUGUACAGGCUGGUUGAUUAGUUAUUGCUAAUUGGACAGCUUACGUACUUGUUCAACAAUGUCCUUAAUUCCAAACUGUAUGCGCUAAAAUGGCUUCGAGUUAAAUACCCCUUCUACUAUGCACAAGAACAACCUCUGUUCAACUUAAAGUUACUUUCCUAGCUCCGUAGUGAUACAUAUGGAUUUUCUCACUAAAAUCUUUGAUGAUUCAAAAUUUAUAUUUAUAUGUGCAAGAGUGUGCAAUAUAUCAACCUUUUUCGUACGGUAAAAUAGAUAUAUACACACAAAUCUCUUAGAUUUGCUUCCAAAUCAUUUUGUUUACAAGUACAUACAAAAUUUAAAACAAAAUAUCUCAUUUGUUUCCAAAUUGUUUUAUUUACAAAACAGGCUUCAAAACAUUGUUCAGAAUUCAUAUGACUUUCAAAAGAACUACCUUUAGUACAUGCCCAUCCUUUUAUGAGAGCAAUUUCUUUACAAAUACUUGAAAACGUGAAAAUUGGUGACUAUUCUACUGAGCCUAGUGGGGAAAGUUUUUUUUCGUACUGUACACAUCUAACUAGAUUCCGAUGUACUCCUGUGUAUGCUGAUGUAUAUACAACUACUUAGCUGAAUUGCUUGCUUCCGUAAAAACUGCCAAAAAGUGGACCAUAAAAUAACCACCAUGGGGCUGGAUAUGUAUGUUACCAAAGUAUAUUGUAGCACAUUCGUUGACAUUGAUUACAAGGGAGUAGUCAGAAAUGGUAUUGUACACGGAAUGCAUAUGUGCAUCACUUUGAACAAAGAGUUUACUGUACAGAGCUCAAUCUCUUCCAAUUCACUGCUGUACGAAGUACAAGUAUUUUUUUUGUAGCAAAUGCAGAAUACAAAGACUAUGCAAUUGGAACCAUCUACUGUAUUUCAUACGUGUCUUCAGUAUUCAUCGAAUCAAACAAAAGUAUUCAUGAAUUCCAUUCUUCCGAACUUUUCUAUUUAUGAGAAAUCUAACGUUAUGGAGUAAAUUAUACUAGAAUUACUUGUUGAGCAAAGUAUAUUUAUUUUGUAUAUACCCUGUUUAUUCAAUAAUGUAAAAUAUUAAGACAUUCAUUGUGAUAAGUUAUGAAAUAAAGAGGAAUCAAUUGUAUUCAUAUA